AUGAUGGAAAGUACAAAAGAGAUGGAACCUAGUGUUACUAUAAAUCAAGAAGAAAUACCCAGAUCCAAGUUUUUUCGGAUCGUUGAAAAAUUAUCUAAGGUCGCUGAUAUUGUUUAUGCAACCAAUACCUUCCUGAUUCCAUCAUUGUCCCCUUUGGAAGAACAGUAUCCAAAAGUGUUUGCGAUUAUGAGUGUACAAGGUUUCCUAGGUUCAAUAGCAAUUUUCAUUUUCGUAGUGCAUGAAUUUUUACUAUUAAAAAAUGGCUUCUACGAGCAGCAAUUCUAUAGAAAGCCAAAGAGGUGCUCGAAAAACAUAUGCUCUCGCUGUGUUGCUAGUAUUCGUCAUCCUAAAUGGUUCAAGAUGAAGCAUGUGCUACUAUGCUUAGGAACGUUCUCUUCCGGGGUUUAUUCCUUAGUAAAAAUUGACAUAUUUUUCAAAACUGAUCAAAAUAUUCACUUAAGCAGACUAAUACGGCUUUUUUUCUGGCAACUUAAUGCAGUUGUUGAUUUCCUGUUAUUCACUUAUUAUGGAGACCAACUAGAAGCGCACAGCGUGUCUCUUGAUGUAAACGACAGUUCCUUUGAGAAGGAACCACUCCUGGGCCAUGAAAUGGUGUAA